AUGAGCGUCGGUUCCAGUCCCGAUGACUUUCUGGACACCCAAGGCAGUGAUGUCGAGAGUCUGGGCGACGACUUCGGUGACGAAUUUGACGGCGGGUUCUCCAAAGACAAGGAUAUCAUCGCGACGAAACGGAAGCCGUACGAGGUAGAAUUCAAAGUCCUGAGCCCGGACGAUAUCGAGCAGCAGCAGAAUGUGCAGAUCAACGAGGUUUCCUCGAUUCUCGGCCUGCCCCCAGAGUCGUCGGCUAUCCUGUUGCGGUACGGACGGUGGAAACGCGAGAAGCUGAUCGAAUCGUAUAUGGAUCAUCCGGAAGAGACCCUGGAGGAGGCGGGCCUGGGGACCAACUUUGAGGGAACGCCGAAGACCGAGGUGGUAUCCGGGUUCAUGUGCGAGAUUUGCUGCGAGGAUGGCGACGAGCUCGAGACGUAUGCUAUGCGCUGCGGGCACCGCUUCUGCGUUGACUGCUAUCGCCACUACCUGGCCCAGAAGAUUCGCGGGGAGGGUGAGGCAGCGCGGAUCGAAUGUCCCGGCAACGACUGUCACAUGAUUGUGGACUCGAAAUCAUUGGGAUUGCUUGUGACGGAUGAUCUACGGGAAAGAUACAAAGCUCUUCUCAUGCGGACGUACGUCGACGACAAAGAUAAUCUCAAAUGGUGCCCUGCACCGGAAUGUGUAUAUGCGGUGGAUUGUCCUAUCAAGCAGCGUGAUCUGCGCCGCAUUGUGCCCACAGUCCAGUGCGACUGUAAGCACUACUUCUGUUUUGGAUGUACACUCAACGACCAUCAGCCUGCACCAUGCAUGCUGGUCAAGAUGUGGCUGAAGAAGUGCGAGGAUGAUUCCGAGACCGCAAACUGGAUCUCCGCCAACACGAAAGAGUGUCCGAGAUGCCAUUCAACGAUCGAGAAGAACGGUGGCUGCAACCACAUGACGUGUCGAAAGUGCAAGCAUGAAUUUUGCUGGAUGUGUAUGGGACUGUGGUCGGAGCAUGGCACCAGCUGGUACAACUGCAACCGGUACGAGGAGAAAUCCGGGUCGGAGGCCCGCACUGCGCAGGCGCGAUCUCGGGAGUCGCUGGAACGGUACCUCCACUACUACAACCGAUAUGCCAACCACGAGCAGUCGGCCAAGCUGGAUAAGGACCUGUACCUGAAGACGGAGAAGAAGAUGACCAGUCUUCAGUCGCAAUCCGGUCUCUCGUGGAUCGAAGUCCAGUUUCUGGACACCGCAUCGCAGGCACUGCAACAAUGCCGACAGACCCUGAAGUGGACGUAUGCGUUCGCCUACUACCUCGCGCGCAACAACCUGACCGAGAUCUUCGAGGACAAUCAGAAGGAUCUAGAGAUGGCCGUGGAGAGUCUGAGUGAGAUGUUCGAGAAACCGGUACCAGAGCUCGCAAAACUGAAGGUCGAUAUUUUGGACAAAACGGCUUACUGUAACAAACGGCGGGUGAUUUUGCUGAGUGACACAGCAGAGAAUUUGAAAAAUGGAGAAUGGUCAUUUAAUGUGGAUUGGUAG